AUGCACAUGUCAAAGGCACUCGUCCUCGCCCUAGUUGGGAGCAUCAACGCGGCUGCAGACUUUGACUUGACCUGCGGCAACAUUGUAGCCAAGGGCACGACGCUUAGAGCGGACUGCGGGGGUCCCACUACCACGCUCGAUUUAAACCAGUGUUUGACUGUCAAGGAUGACGGAACUGUCGAAUGUGGAAAGGGAGGAUUAUCCGGGUGCAGUUUCACUGGAGAUGGGUUGGGCCAAUCUUCAAAGGAAGUCUUUUGCACUAAAGCCGGCAAGAAAGUGAGGACCUUGGUAGAUCUGGUGGUGCGAAGAGGGAUAAACAUGGUUGUGGUCAGCUGA